AUGACAUCAACAGCACCGACUCAUAUAACCAUCUACUGGGACCGGGAGUCGUGUCCGCCACCUAUAACAAGCCGUCACAUCGACAGUACUGUUAUUAUACGAAAAUUAUUGACAAAAGUUUGUGUAACUGAGCGCCGACUUCGGCUCAAACAUUUGGUCAGCUGGUCAUCGGUGGACAUAACAGGCGUUGACAUCUAUUACGACAACGACUACUACUACGACGACAAUUUGGAUCACCUAUUGAUCGACAACUACAACAAAUACGCUUACUUUAGCUCUUAUACAUUUGAAUCGCUAAGUGAUAGUAAAACAGCGUUAGUUGUCAUCAGCGGUGAUCGGGAAUUAUUACAACUGAUUAAAACAUUAGAUUUAGAUAAUUGGGUUCAGUUGUCCAUAAUUUAUGCCGAUUUGGUAGACAUCAGUGAAUUAGGUUUUUCUGAUCGCAUAAAACGGCUACCAUUUGAUCAAUUAGUAAAGUUUUGCAAUGAAUAUGAAAAGAUUAAUGAAUAUUGUUUAUCGUCGGCAAUCACUGGUCUAAUCGAUUUGAUGGCUGAUCUAAACUUUAAUGAAACUAGUUCGAGUAAUACAUCACACAUACAAAUUAAUAUAACCGAGACUAAUUCAAGUGAAACAAAUAGAGAUAAAUAUUUCAAUUGGUGGACUCAUAUCAAUUGGUUAAUGCGCUAUAUAUCUCGUUGGUUUUAUUUGCGAGAUACUUUAGGUGAUAGUCAACAACAACAUGAUGUCCAACCUGAACAACCACAGUGUCGUCAAUCAGACACUCAUCAAGAAAUGAGAAACAAAGUCACAAAUAAAUCAGUUAAGAAACAGUAUGAUAGUGAUGGACAGUUGUCUGUCAAUUCAAUGACAAAACAAUACAGGCCAACGUCAACAUCGACAGCCGCGGCAGGGACGACGACAGUCACAUACAGUGAUGAUAAAAAGUUUUCCGAUCGGUCGAGCAGUGAUUCCGACCAAAAAACUGGUCCAACACCGGGAACUAGUGGCCAGUCUUUACAUUCAAUGAGUCUGCAAACUGCAUCCGCAUCCAGCAGUUGUCAGUCUUUGACUUCAAACUGUUGGCCAGAACCAGAUUUAUCAUAUGCUGCCAUCAAUUCAAAGAAAACAUAUAACAAUAAACAACAACAGAAUAUUACCGGUAAUUAUAAGAAAAAGAAGAACCAAAUUGACGACCAUUUUGUUGGUAUUGAUAAAAGGACUGAUAAUACAAGUGGUUAUCGAAAGAAAACCUAUGAGUCGGGUGUCUGUGGUUUGCGAAACUUAGGCAACACUUGUUAUAUGAACAGUGCUCUUCAGUGUCUGUCAAACAUACCAUCGAUGGUCGAGUUUUGCAAAGAAUACAAGAAUUUCAAGAUAGGUAUAACAAAUACUACACAGAGAUCAUUGUUGUUGGAACUGUUCUGUGAGUUGAUUGAUCGCAUGUGGUCUCAACAAACCGAUUGUUUGUCGCCCAAAGAGUUUCGCUCCAAAGUGGCCGAAGUUUUACCGACAUUUGUCGACCAUAAACAACACGACUGUUCAGAGUUUUUGAGAUCAGUGUUGAACACAUUUCACGAAGAAUUGCUGCAAAUGUCAGGCAUUGUUAACAAUAGUUUUACUGAUGAUUAUAAAACGUUUGAUCAAUAUCUUCAAAAUAACCACACAUUUAUAUCAAAUCACUUUCACGGUCUACAAGUAGUGACAUUUAGCUGCAGUCGAUGCGGUCAUCGAUUAGAUGAUAAUUAUUGUCCUUUUGUUGUCAUAAAUUUGCCACAAAUAGACAAAGAAGACAUUACACUAAUUCAUGUCAAUCUAAUUAUCAAUAGCAAUGAUUGUGAGACAUUCAGAUGGGAUAUCUAUGGAUUGCGAUUUACAACAAAUGAAGUACAGGUGAGUCAACUCAUCAAAACACUAUCGCAAAGAUAUUCAGAUACGACGACAUCACGGGUCUUGGAUGCCAAACAUCUUAUUGUUGCCCUAAUCAUCAAUCAUAAGAUCGACAAAAUCUAUAACACAAAUGAUAUUAUAAAUGCCAAUUGUCUUAGUGGUCACCUUUUUGUCUAUCAAUUUGAUCCAUCAUUUGUUAAUCAUGUGUUUGUCUCACUUCAAAGCAAGAGCCGACAAUUUGGUAUACCAUUAUUAUUGGAUAUUAAUGAAUACACCUUUGAAUGUAUUGUCGACCAAUUUGUCGUCCAAUUCAUGAAAUGUUUGGCACCGGAAGGCCGACAACUGUUAAUAUGUUUGAGUUCUGACUUCAGCUUUCAUUGUGAUAACCAUUUCAAUCCUAACCUUACAAUUGGCAAUAAUUUAAUAAUCAAUGAACUGAGCGAACAUUUAUGUCAAUUCUAUAGUAUUGACAAGUUUUAUCACGGAUUAGAUGAUAAAAAUUUAGACAAAAAUAUCAAACUCGAUGACUGUAUCAAUCGGUAUGUGUCUGUCCAACGUAUGGAUGACCAACAAAACUGUCCCAAUUGUUGCACUGAUAUGUUGGCUACGGUAGAGACUCAUAUCAUGCACGCACCUAAUAUACUACUAUUGCAGGUCAAGAACAGUAUAGGUCAACAAAGAGGUAGUUAUUUUAGAUAUGAUAGUCAACCGGACUGUCAGUUUCCAAUGGAAUUGGAUUUGACUGGUCAUGUAAGUGAUGCCAAAGCUAACGGUGCCCAACAUGUCUACGAUUUGUUGGCCAUAUCUAACUAUACGGGAAAUUCCUGUAGUGGACACUAUACCGCUUACGCCAAAAAUCAUAUCAACAAACAGUGGUAUGAAUUCAAUGAUAAUAACGUUAAACAGAUUACAGAUGAACAACAACUUCACUCAUCGAAAGCCUAUUUAAUGUUUUAUUUAAAACAAAAUAUUAAUAAUAAUUAAUUACAAUAAUU